AUGCCUUUUGGAGAUAUAAAGGAAACCCUGGACACAGAUGUAGCAGUUGAAGACUUCUUGAGAAGUUACUUUGGUUUUAAACAUGAUUUUGUUGGAGUAGCUGCAGCCGCUGUUGCCGGGUUUGCUGUUCUUUUCACAUUCAUCUUUGCGUUUUCCAUCAAGGCAUUCAAUUUCCAGCGGCGAUAG